AAACAAUUUUAUAAUUUUAUAUUACUUGAAGUUAAAUAUUAUAGACGUAUUACCCUGGAGAAAGGAAUUUCAAUCACCGUACAUCCUGGUCUUUGGUAAGUUCUCAAUAGUUUGUUUUCAGUGUUUCUGAAUUCUGAGGUGCCAAUACUCCUGAUUGGGGAUUCAGCAUUCAAGCUGCAAGAAUGUCUUAUAAAAACCAUUUAAAUUUUCAACUGAACAAUCCGAAGGCGAAAAACUUUUCAACAAACGUAACAUCGGUCAGACGAGUAGCUGAAAACGCUUUGGGUCAUUUGAAGGCCCGUUUCAGGCGCUUUGGUCGAGGUAAAGUACUCGCAACGAUUCCAAACGACACUGUUAAUCAGCAACGGAUUGAACAAGAAAACAUAGCAAGACAUCCUCAUAGAAGCCACACGGACAGAUGUGAAAACAGUAGCGGAAUCGCCAUAAGACAAGCAAUUGCGGCUUAUUUUUCCACAAUGACGUAGUGGAUCCAUUUCAUCAACGUAUCAGCUGAACCGACUAAUGACUGAGAACCCGUGGAAUAAAAACAUACAUACAUAUAAUAUAUUAUUUCAUGUAAAAUCUUUGAUAUUUUAUACGAAUCGUUUUCAAUGCUCUCAUCUGCCAAUUCUUGUGUGAAAUUUGACUUGUAAUUGCCACCUACAUAUUUUGUGGAUAUCUUCGUAGUACUUCUCCACUGUGGCCAAUAAUCUUCCUUUCCGGUCUGAUACAUUAAUAUUAAUUCAAUUAGUACUUAAUUUUUGUAAUUAUUUACGAAGCUAUACUUUUUUCCAUGUUGUCUAUACGAUUUCGCAGCUCGUGCAUAUUUUAGCAUAAAUGUGGCUAUUUUAAUGUAUUCCACGCAACUGUGGAUUACACUCUGCCAAACAGAGAACUUAAAGCAUAGAGAAGGUGCAAAUUGAAUUCUGUAUGAUGUUCGAUUUGACG